CAGUCUAGCAACGGAGCUGCGGAGCAAGCAGACUUGCGACUUACGACGUCUGCGACCUCCGGACCGUAUCUACUGACUACUGUGCCAAACUACUUAUUUACUUAUUUGUAUAAAUCUCGCCAUUGAUAUUCGGCAAUUUCUCAGUAGUUUAUCAUCUUCUCUCCGUCAAAAUUCAAAGAAUAAUAAUGGCAUGUGUAACUGAGGUUUCCAAAACCAAAAUGUUUGGUGGCUGGCAAAAGGUAUUUAGUCACCAAAGCAAGGAAUUGAAAUGUUCCAUGAAUUUUGGCAUAUACCUACCAAGCAAGACGGAAGCAUCAAAGUGCCCAGUAGUGUACUGGUUGUCUGGCCUAACAUGCACGGAGCAAAACUUUGUCACGAAGGCAGGAGCGCAGAAGUAUGCCGCUGAACAUGGGCUGAUUAUCGUCGCUCCUGACACGAGUCCAAGAGGGUGUAAUAUAGAGGGCGAGGACGACAGCUACGACUUUGGUUCAGGUGCGGGAUUCUACAUCGACGCGACCGAGGACAAGUGGAAGAAGAACUACCGCAUGUAUACGUACGUGACCGUGGAGCUGCCAGCGCUAAUCGAGGAAAACUUUCCGGCACAGCCCGACAACUGCUCCAUCUUCGGUCAUUCUAUGGGAGGUCACGGUGCUCUCGUCUGCGCUCUAAAGAACCCUGGGAAGUACAGGAGUGUCAGUGCCUUCUCACCCAUAUGCAACCCAUGCGACUGUCCUUGGGGAAGGAAGGCAUUUACUGGUUAUCUUGGCAGCAACGAGGCUGACUGGAAGAAAUACGAUGCUACGGAACUGAUAAAGUCGUCUGAUGGGCCACCCCUCGACAUCCUUAUUGAUCAGGGCAAAGCUGACAACUUCUAUGAGCAGAAGCAGCUGCUUCCCGAGCGACUGCUCGAGGCGUCGGUGCCGUCCCGCCACCAGGUGGCGCUGCGCAUGCAGGAGGACUAUGACCACAGCUACUUCUUCAUCGCCACGUUCAUGGAGGAUCACAUCGCCCUCCACGCGAAACAUCUGAACACUUAAUCACCCCACGCCCCUUCAUGUCUGCCACCCACAUGUCCCUCCUGCCUCCGUGAGCAAGACCACCACAAGAUAAUUUCUCUUCUGUGGCCAGGCAACUCAGAAUUGCAACCGCGUGUCAGUAGGUGGUCAAAUUCAUAUUGAUUUCAUA